UGUUAUCUUUCAUUAGGCUGGAAAGGCGCACUUUUAUCCACUCUCACUCUCACACUCACUCUUUAGUAAGUCUUUAAUUCCCAAUCGCUUUCAGCAUAUUCGUCUCACUGUUUCUUCCUCUCCCCCUGAAUUAUUACGGGCUUGAUCUCUUCUCCAAUCAUAGAUUCAUAAUGGAGAGUAUACGGAAGCAAGCGAGCAAGCUCAGGGAGCAGGUUGCCAAACAACAGCAGGCAGUGUUGAGACAAUUGGGACAUUUAGGUCAUGAGGCUUUCAUGGAUGAUGAAGCUGAACUUCAGUGUCACCAACAACUUCAAAAUCUAUACAAUUCUACGAGAGAUGCUAAGCAUUUUCAGCGGAAUAUUCUUCGUGGAAUUGAAGCUUUUGUUUCUAUAAGCUCAAAGCAAAUGGAGAUGGGUGAGUAUAGUUGUUCUCUUUUCUUAUGUUUAUUCCUUCACAAGGUGGAUACAUCAAAAUUUAAACCAAAUAUUCUAGUAAGGAAGUUGGCUCAAGAUUGUUGUAAAUAUGGAGAUGAAAAUCAAAGCAGUGAAAGCACUUGUUCUCCUCUUGUGAGAGCUUCUCUUCUCUUUGGUACAUCACAUUAUUUAAUGGAGGAGGAAAAGGAGACUUUGCUUGGGAUCUUUGUUAAUCAGGUAUGUGAGCCACUCCGGGCACAAAUAAGAGGAGCUCCUCUGGAAGAUGCUCGCCACUUGGCACAUCGUUAUGAAAAAUUACGGCAAGAGGUUGAAUCCCAGGAAGCUGAAGUAUUGAGGCGUCGAUUGAAGUCUAGGGAUUCCUCUAUUUCUGUAGAGAGUUCUACGAGGCUUCAACUUGCAGAAGCAAGACUGACUGAACUAAAAUCUAUAACUAUGGCACUGGGGAAAGAAGCAACUGCUGCCUUGUCGUCGGUUGAGGUUCAGCAGCAACAACUAACUUUCCAGAAGCUUCUUACCAUGAUGGAAGCUGAGAGAACCUAUCAUCAAAAGGCUCUUGAAAUUUUAGAGAAGCUACAUGCCGAGAUAACACUAGAGAAGCAGCCAAAAGAGUUUUCAUUGCCAUCAGAGAUAAUGCAGAGAGAGGUUUAUCAUCAGUAUGUGCGUGAAAAUAUCGAUUCAAAUGGAUCAGGUGGUCAUGGACCUAUUAUUCAAAAUAAAAAGUUCUUUAUUGCAAAGGCUGUACAUUCCUUUGAUGCUCAAGCAGAUGGAGAGUUAAGCCUCUCAGUGGAUGAUUAUGUUGUGGUUCGCCAGGUAGCCCCUACUGGAUGGUCUGAAGGAGAAUGCAACGGCAUAUCUGGAUGGUUUCCCUCUGCCUACGUGCAAAGGCAGGAGAAAGCACCGGCAAGCAAGGUAAUGGAAGCAACUUCAGAACCCUGUUCACAAGGUUAACAUUGUCAUAGAUAUCGUGCAUUCCUUUCCCUUGUAUUGUAAUCCCCCAUCUUGAUGCCAAACUUAGUCACAAAUAAAAAUAAAAUAAAUUUCAAAUUUCACAUAAUCUCUCUAUUAAAAUAGAGUCAUAAACGUAGUUGUAAAAAAUGAUGUAUAUGUAUGUAUUAUUACUCGACUUUCGAGUAUCCAAGAUUGAGUUAUUCUAUUC